AUGCCAAGAGAAAUCAUCACAAUCCAAGCCGGCCAGUGCGGCAAUAACGUCGGUAGCCAGUUCUGGCAGCAACUGUGCCAGGAGCAUGGAAUCAGCGCAGAUGGAAACUUGGAGGAGCAUGCGACUGAUGGGGCGGCCGGUGAUCGCAAAGAUGUUUUCUUCUACCAGAGUGACGACACCAGAUACAUUCCACGAGCGAUUCUCCUCGACCUAGAACCCCGAGUCCUAAAUGCCAUACAAACCGGUCCUUACAAGAAUAUUUACAACCCCGAGAACUUCUUCGUCGGACAACAAGGUAUUGGAGCUGGCAACAACUGGGGUACUGGAUAUGCCGCAGGAGAAGGUGUUCAAGAGGAGAUCUUCGAUAUGAUCGACCGAGAAGCAGACGGAAGUGAUUCGCUAGAGGGCUUCAUGCUUCUACAUUCAAUCGCCGGAGGUACAGGCUCUGGACUGGGCAGUUUCAUCCUGGAGCGCAUGAACGACCGUUUUCCUAAGAAGCUCAUCCAAACAUACUCCGUAUUCCCGGACACACAAUCCGAUGUCGUUGUCAACCCUUACAACAGCUUGCUCGCCAUGCGACGAUUGACCCAGGAUGCCGAUUCCGUUGUUGUGCUGGACAAUGGCGCUCUAUCACGUAUUGUCGCAGACCGGCUCCAUGUCCAAGAGCCUUCGUUCCACCAAACCAACCAGCUCGUGUCCACAGUUAUGUCUGCAUCCACGACCACCCUACGAUACCCCGGAUAUAUGCACAACGACCUUGCAGGCAUUAUCGCCUCCCUCAUCCCCACUCCGCGCAGUCACUUCCUCCUCACUUCAUACACGCCAUUCACAGGUGCCAACAUUGAGCAAGCCAGAACCGUACGCAAGACCACGGUGCUGGACGUGAUGCGUCGCCUACUCCAACCCAAGAAUCGCAUGGUCUCUGUCAAUCCGAGCAAGUCCAGCUGCUACAUAAGUAUCCUCAAUAUCAUCCAGGGUGAAGCCGAUCCGACCGACGUACACAAGUCCUUGCUGCGCAUUCGGGAACGCCGUCUUGCAUCUUUCAUCCCCUGGGGCCCGGCUAGUAUCCAGGUCGCUCUUACGAAAAAGUCCCCUUAUAUUGAAGAAACCGGACACCGAGUCAGCGGUCUCAUGUUGGCCAACCACACAUCUGUCGCAACGCUAUUCAAGCGCAUUGUUCAACACUACGACAAGCUCCGCAAACGCAAUGCCUUCUUGGAACAGUACAAGAAGGAAGCUCCGUUUGCUGACGGUCUGGGCGAGUUUGAUGAAGCACGGGCAGUUGUGAUGGAUCUGAUCGGGGAGUACGAGGCAGCCGAAAAGGAGAAUUACCUAGAUCCAGAUGCAGGUAAGGCAAAUGAGAUGGUAUGA